CGAUUCAGUUUGAAGCUCCUGCGUGCGCUCGGCAGACUGCAGUUGUUGGCAUCGAGUUGUCACUCGGCUCGCUCAGGCUCUGCCAACUGCCAUGGCGGCGGCGUCCGGCCGGGCUCCGGCUGCCUGCGCGCUCCUCCUCCUCCUGCUUGCUCUGGGUGUGGUCGCCGCCGCCGUAGAUGCCAGCCAAGAGGAGGAGUUGUCGCCGGGGAGUCCUUCCCCAGCACCGUCCCCAGCGAGCUCCAUAGACUGCGGGAGCGCGUGCGCGGCGCGAUGCGCGCUGUCGUCGCGGCAGAAACUGUGCAGGAGGGCGUGCGGGUCCUGCUGCGCCCGCUGCAACUGCGUGCCGCCGGGCACCGCCGGGAACCACGACGUCUGCCCCUGCUACGCCGCCAUCACCACCCGCGGCGCCCGCCCCAAGUGCCCUUGAUCGAGCACCCUUGACGCAUGCAUGAGGCCGCCGCCGCGCUCCAACGCCUCUCUUGUCUUGUGUACCAGUAGCAGUACACUAGGUAGACGCAAGUACGUGUACGAACAAUAAUGCUAUGUCACCGUGCGCGUACGUAACCAACACCUGCAAUGCAACACCGAGCCGACCGUCUGUUGCCUGCC